AUGUUUUGUACGGCAAUAUUGCCGAUUGUGGCCGUCGUGUACAUAGUAGGUGGUGUUGAAGCUCAAUGGAAUCCAAAUCACGUCUCCAUCAAUGAAGAGCAUAAACAUAUCGAAGCUGACUCCAGCUGGUUGGAUAAACGACAACAAGAAGUCCAAAGGGUAAGUUACCUGGUCGCACUAGAUGCAUCUAACAAGGAGAAAGUGAUUUUGGACCUGUUGAACACCCAGCAGAGGUUCUCAGCUUCGGCUUCUGGUAACGUCGCCGCAGCCGAGACCUACGACGGGAAAAGGGCUCAGGUCCAGAAAAUAGGCGACAAAGGCGGUAUCGCCACCGUCGACGGCCACAAAGCCCAACUGAGAACGAAAGAGGAUGACAGCGGAAGGCAUGCUUUCCUUAAAGCUGACGGAAAAUAUGAUCUCGAUACCGUGGCUUCUGGUGAUUUCAAGGACCCAGCAAAGACUUCAUUUGCGGCGACCAACGACCGAUUCGAUUUCAAGCUGAACCCAAAGAGCCACGACAACAACACCGGCACCGGAACCAUCGGAUUCAAUGACAAGGGAUUAGGUUACAAGAAAUGCUUCCAACGAUUUCCAUUUCAGGAAAAGGGCAAAAGUGGCAACUAUGCGUAUACAAUUACACAAACAGGAAAGAAAACCGAUGCUACUCUCUCAGCACAUGACAUCGGAAGCGAAGGUUUCGCGGAGAGCCUUUUCGGGCGACGUAGUGAGAAGUACCAUUGCACAGCCGAGACUCCCGGCGUAUCACAGUGCUACGAUGCUCAGGGUCGUUCAGUGGGCAAAGUGGUAGCUGAUAAAAAUGGCAACACCGUUGUUUAUAACGAAAAGGAUGUACCGAUUGGAACAGGGUCCGUUAAAAAGAUUGGACCAAGAAGCUAUGAGAAGCAAGCGGAAGUGUCGCUNGUAUCACAGUGCUACGAUGCUCAGGGUCGUUCAGUGGGUAAAGUGGUAGCUGAUAAAAAUGGCAACACCGUUGUUUAUAACGAAAAGGAUGUACCCAUUGGAACAGGGUCCGUGAAAAAGAUUGGGCCAAGAAGCUAUGAGGCCGUAAUCUCCAAGAAUCUCUUCAUAGCCCGUCUAAAGGAUGCACGAUCUCAAGCAUGUUGUCGUGAGGUAUCAGGACACGACUGCGUGGAAGCUAUCAAACUUGCUAAUCCUUCAUUCUCCCAUCCCUCCAGUCGUGACGGAGACGGAACAGUUCAUUUGACUUGGCCAGAUUGCUUCGACAUGGGGAUUGACGUCACCCUCCCCAAAGGUGUUCACAUCAACAAGUUGGCAAUGAAAUUGGACGUUUCCAUUCAACCAAUUGGUAAGCUUCGUUGUAUGGAUGUCGCCACUUGUGGUCGCGAAUGUUUCUACUGCGAUUUCUGCAAGGAAAGCCGGAAGCUGAAGUUGUUGGAGAACACCGAUGGCAAUCUGUGCAGAGCUACAGCAGAAAGGACUUAUCGGUUAACCGUCAAGCUCUGUCCACCACCAGAGGAUCCUAACUUCACCAUGUGCUCAGCCUUCUCCAAAUCUGUUUGGCAAAAGGACUAUUGGCAAAAACAAGGAGCUGUUGAUGUGUGGAUGAAGUUUUAUGAACGUGGACAGACUCGUGCUGAGCUUGAAAAGGAAUUCUUUGCACAAAUCGAUAAUCCAUUGCUUGGGAAAGCCUUCAAAUUAGCUAUUGUCGCGGAAUGGUUAGCAGCCAACAGUUUGGAUCAAGGAUCCUAUACGCCCACGAACUCAGAACUGCUGGAGUUCUGGGUUUCGAAGAGGGACCCCGAUCGCCUUCUAGCUUGUCAACAUGCUGUAGUCGAUUAUGAAAUCGAAGGUGCUAAAGUCAAAACGAACGUACUCUUUGAAGCAGCCACCACUGCCAAUUCGAUUCCAAACAUCCUGAAGGACAAGAAAUGUGCGGCCUUCGAACGAUUACAAGAGGAUCGCUUCCAGCAGGAGGCUCAUGCCUUUAAAAAGCAAACCGGUGGUGGAAAUUUCUUGAGUGGACUGAAUGGUUUCUUGAAUACAGUACGGGGAUGA